AUGGCGAGAGGUGGGCCGGCCAAGGAGGAUUUGGAUGUUAAGAAGGUUGCCAAAACAAAGAAACCGGCACCUGGAUCUGGUGUUGUGGCUAAUAGCGCGGGCAAUACCUCUGGCUCUGAUGCGAAGGAGGUCAAGAGGGUGGAUAAGAAGAAGAAAAAGGAGGAGGGGUUUAAGACAAUAACGAUGAGCGAGAAAUUUAGUUGUCGUGCCAGGGAUUUGUUUGAAAUUUUAAUGGAUGAAAAUAGGUGGAAAGGGUUUACACAAAGCAAUGCAAGGAUCAGUAAGGAGGUUGGAGGAGAAUUUAGUAUUUUUGAUGGGUCUGUGACGGGAAAGAAUCUGGAGUUGCAGGAAGGGAAGUUGAUUGUUCAACAAUGGAGAUUCGGUAGCUGGCAAGAUGGCAUUGUUUCCACGGUGUGCCUUACUUUCGAAGAGCCUGAAUCUGGUGUGACGGUUGUCAAGCUCACACACACUGAUGUUCCUGAGGAAGACAGGUAUGGUAAUGCGACUGUGGUAGAGAAUACUGAGCGGGGAUGGAGAGAUCUUAUAUUCCACAAGAUACGAGCAGUUUUUGGCUUUGGGAUAUGA